GAACAUGGAAGGGCCAUUCAAGUAUAUUAGAGUGAGAGUUAGAUGAAACCUAUUUUGAUAUUUAGAAGAGUUAAGGUGAGCAUUAAUAUGAAAUUUAGUGAUAUUCUCUUUCUUGCAGGAAGGAAAUGGCAGGAAAGUCAGUCGGGUUAUUCGUAUGGGAACAAGGAAGAGCCAGCUGGCUCGCAUUCAAACAGACAGUGUGGCCGGCAGACUGAAAGAGCUUUAUCCAGACGUUAAUCUAGAGAUAGUUGCCAUGUCGACAGUUGGGGACGAAAUCCUGGACACUGCAUUAUCAAAGAUUGGUGAAAAGAGCCUCUUUACCAAAGAGCUGGAGAAUGCCCUUGAGAGAAAUGAAGUGGAUAUUGUGGUGCACUCUCUUAAGGAUUUACCUACCUCAUUGCCCCCUGGAUUCACUAUUGGAGCCAUUCUUCAGAGGGAAAACCCCCAUGAUGCAGUGGUGCUUCAUCCAAAGAAUGCUGGACUUAUCCUCGACAGCUUGCCAGAGAAGAGUGUGAUUGGCACAAGUUCACUUCGCAGAGCAGCUCAGCUAAAGAAACGAUUCCCUCAACUGGAGUUUGAAAAUAUUAGAGGGAACCUAAACACCCGUCUGAAGAAGCUGGAUGAAAAGGACGACUAUGCUGCCAUUAUUCUGGCCGCAGCAGGCCUCAAACGUAUGGGCUGGGAAAGCCGAAUCAGUCAGAUUCUGGACCCUGAAGAUUGCAUGUAUGCAGUUGGCCAGGGAGCACUGGCAGUGGAAAUCAGAGCACAAGAUAAAGACAUUCUGGAAAUGGUGUCUGUCCUGCACCAUCCAGACACAGUGCUGCGGUGCAUCUCAGAGAGAGCUUUUCUCAAAGAGCUGGAAGGAGGCUGCAGCGUGCCUGUUGCUGUUCAUACAGAAGUGAAAGGGUCCAUGCUGUAUUUCACUGGAGCAGUUUAUAGUUUGGAUGGAGCUGAUUGCUUGAAGGACACUAUGCAGACGGUUGUGGAAAUAGACAAAGUGAAUGAGAGUGCACAGGAGUGUGUACUUGUUGGAGUCACUGCCAACAAUGUAUCAUCAUCAGCCCUCGAAGCUGCUGAGAAACUGGGGAUGGAUCUGGCAAAUGCUCUCCUUAAUAGGGGGGCCAAAGACAUUCUCACAACAGCCAGGCAACUAAAUGAUGCUCAAUAGCUGAUUUUUUACAUUUUGUGCACUGGAAUAUUAGACCUAGAACUUUUGACAUGCUGUUAACUUGGAUAAACCGUACACUCAACCAUAUGCUCUAUAGCCGAAUCUCCAGAGCUUAAAUACAACCUUUAUUGGCUGUAUAUAUCAGUGUAUUUAAAAACAACCAACAGGUUACU